AACUGUCAUGUUCAACUGUCGAUGACCUCCCUCAGCGCUGUUUUGAUUGCUGUUUUCCGUCCUUUCUGCUGAGUUAGCUGAAGUUUUUCGUUUCCAGAAGAUGAUGGCUCGAUAAAACAAUAUUAAAACAAUUUCCGGUCGUGCAGCGUAAAGUACGAUCAAUGCUCGACGCAUAGAAGAAAAGAGUAGUGAUGUCCGCCCUCAUCGAGUACUUGAAAAGCCCCGAACUGGUGGUCAAAGUUCAACAGUUCUUCGGCAUCGAAUAUCUGCAGCGGGAUGAAAAAAUCGAUCCGUCUACCGGCAACGGGGUUGGCCCUGUUCGUGAGGAUUCCGUGUCCAGGAAGACGAUGGUUAAUGGGGAUUUGAAGACGAAUUACGAUGAGGACAGCAGCGGCAGCAGUAGCGGCGGAAACGACUCCGAGAAGUCUCCUCGUAUUGACGCGGGAAAAGAAGAUCCAAAGCCGUAUCGGAUUACGAAUAAGUUUUGGUAUUAUCUGUUCAUCAUCGGAACGGAGCUGGGCGAUGAAAUCUUCUACGCAACGUUUAUUCCUUUUUGGUUCUGGAAUAUCGAUAGCGCUGUGGGACGGAGAGUCAUCAUGGUCUGGUCGGCUGUUAUGUACGUAGGACAAAGCAUGAAGGACGUCAUUCGGUGGCCCCGGCCAGGAUUUCCCGUAAGCAGAUUGCAGAAGAAGUGGGCCCUGGAAUACGGAAUGCCCUCGACGCAUGCAAUGGUUUCGGUGGCGAUUCCCUUUUCGGUGCUAAUCUACACUUAUGAGAGAUACAUCUAUUCAUUGCCAGCGGGUUUGGCAUUUGCGUUGGUGUGGUGCGCAGUCAUUUGCGUCAGCAGAGUUUACUUGGGAAUGCACAGCGUGCUGGACAUCAUUGCCGGUUUGGCAUUGGUUGUAACUCUUAUGAUUCCGCUGAUCCCGAUUGUGGACAAAUUGGAUUACAUGAUAGUUACCAGUAAGUGGUCGCCUAUCCCGGUUCUGGCCAUUUCCGUUCUGCUGAUUGUGUUCUACCCGGAUUCUGGAAUUUGGACACCCACGAGAGGAGACACCGCCCUGACGGUAAGCGUUUGCGCCGGACUGGAAAUCGGAGCAUGGUUGCAUUACAUUCUGGGUGAUUUCCAGCCUCCGGCCAAUCCACCCCCGUACGAAAUCAUUUGGCCAUCGUAUGCCAUGCUGGGAAUGCUGCUGCUUCGGACCGUCUUGGGUCUUUGCUGCGUUGUGGCCACGCGUGCCUUCGGGAAGUCCCUUUCCUAUGCGUUUGUGUGCUUCCUUUUGGGGCGGGACAAAAACGAGCUUCGUCAAUCGGAAAACACCUUGCAGAAUAAGAACAAAAUCAUCGUCGAGCUGUCGUACAAGUUCUUCACCUGCGGUAUGAUUGGUUUCAACACGCAAUACUUACUGCCGAAUGUGUUCAAGCUACUGCGAAUAGGUCGUCCGGAUUUCUACACCGAGAUCUGAGCUUGGAAUGUUGGUACUUGGUACCCUCCAGUCAGAAAAUAUAACAUUCCUUUACGUCGUAGCUUUAUAGAAUACCUUUCACCAUGUUCUGAGUUUUUGGUGUGAAUCUGGUUUUUGUCAUCUGGUAGACAUCCUUCACAAAUGUCUAACUCCACUUAGUGGCCUAGGGCUUGACAAUGAAUCUAAUCAUUAUAUUUAAUCGAAUUAUCUUUCUCGUAGUAUUUCCAACUCUCGUUACGCCUUUCUCAAACAACUAGUUGACUCCACUUUUUAACUUCAUCACGCAUCUGCUUUAAGACAUUAAGCGACGCACUUGUGCACUUUGUACCAAUAUCGAGAAACAGGUCUCAAAUCUUCCUCGUAUGCAUAAUCUCAAAAGUGGGUUGUGUUUUCAGUAGAAUAUCAUAUUUUCUACGAAAUACAACAUUCUAGUCCAUGAAUGCGACGAACUACAACUACAACCGAUACAGUGAGUUAGACGAAUUCAAAAACUUUUAGACUGACUUGGAAUUACGCGCUUUGAGAAGUUGCAACCGGAAUUGCCAAGCAUAUGUUUCAAACCAGUCUAGGACUUUUGCAUGUUAAGAUACCGACGCAUAGAAAAUAGGCCUUAUCGUACAACUAGGCGUCAUGCAUAAAUUAUCCCAACUGUAACACCUUUGUCAAGUUUUUAUUAGUGAACAUUAGUAUUUUGAACGAUUCUUAACAUAUGAGGAGUGGCAUAAUUUAUGCAUGACCCCUAUUCAAAAAACUGCUAAAAAGAAACAAUACGCAUGGAUUACAACAACAAUUUACUCUGGCGAAUGUACAGAGGAACAAAUUAAAACUAAACUUCCAUUUAGUAGAAUAAA